GGGUAGGCAGAAGAGUGUGAACGUGUGAGAGCAGCGGGAGAAGGUCCCGAAGGUGGACCGGCGGUGUGUUUGGCGUGGUCCAGUGAGAGGGGGCAGGAGGGGGAGAAGUGUGGGUGACGCGGCAACGAGUCGAGAGGGGAGCAGAAGGAAGGAGGGACGGAGGAGGAAGGGGAAGGACGGAGUAAGGAGAGGAGGAGGGGGGAGGAGGGAGGAGGAGGAGGAGGAGGUAGUGCGUGGGGGUGACAGGAAGAGGAUCGAUCCUACCUGACUUGACUUGUUAAGUUGACGGGGAGAGGGGGGAGGAGGAAGGAGGAGAAGGACAAGCAAGGAAGAGAGAGGGGGAGAGGAAGAGGAGGCGGAGGAGCAGGCUUGACGGGGAGAGGGAGGAGGAAGGAGGAGAAGAGGCAAGGAAGGAAGAGAGAGGGGGGGAGGAAGAGGAGGAGAAGGCGAAGCAGCGGAAUAGGAAGUGAAGGAGGAGGAGGAGGAGGAGGAGGAGGAGAGGGAGGUGUGGUUGAUUCGAAUGCGAGAGGGAUAGAAAGUGCACAGUGCCUGACUGUUUAAGUUGUGGGGAAAGGGAGGAGGAAGGAGGAGGCUGAGAGGCAGCGACGAAGGAGUUAGGUAGGGGUAAGGAGAGGAGGGGGAGGAGGAGGAGGAGGAGGAGGAGGAGUUGGGAGGAAAAUUAAGGGAGGAAGUACAAAGCAGCAGCCAUGGUGCUCGCGGAGUUGGGAGGGCGCAUCUCUCGCGCCCUCCAGCAGAUGAACAAUAGCACUGUGAUCGAUGAGAAGGUCUUGAAUGAGUGCCUGAACGAGAUCACGAGGGCUCUCCUGCAAUCGGACGUCCAGUUCAAGAUGGUUCAGAGUAUGCAAGCUAACAUCAAGAAGAUCGUCAAUCUCGAGGAUUUGGCAGCUGGUCAUAACAAGAGGAAAAUUAUUCAGCAGGUGGGAGUAGAGGAGGGAUGUGAUGGAGAUGAAGAGGGAGGAGUAGGAGAGGUGGGAGGGGGGGAGACGGAAGAGGAAGAGACGAGCAAGUGGAUCAGGAAAGGUGCGGGUAAGACGACGACUUGUACAAAAUACGCUUAUCAUUACCAAAGGAAAGGCUGGAAACCAGCAUUGGUUUGUGCGGACACAUUUCGAGCAGGCGCCUUUGAUCAGCUAAAGCAGAACGCGACAAAGGCCAAGAUUCCUUUCUAUGGAAGCUAUACGGAGACGGACCCCGCAAAGAUUGGAGUGGAGGGAGUUGAGAGGUUUAAGAAGGAAGGAUGCGAUCUGAUCAUUGUAGAUACGAGCGGUAGGCACAAGCAGGAGGCUGCUUUGUUUGAGGAAAUGCGUCAAGUAUCGGAGUCGACGAAUCCAGACUUAGUAAUAUUUGUCAUGGACGGGAGUAUCGGACAAGCUGCGUAUGACCAAGCAUUGGCGUUUAAGCAGAGUGUUGCUGUUGGUGCUGUUAUCGUCACGAAGAUGGAUGGCCAUGCAAAAGGUGGAGGCGCUCUUAGUGCGGUUUCUGCCACAAAAAGCCCAAUCAUCUUCAUCGGAACCGGAGAGCAUAUGGAUGAGUUUGAAGCCUUCGAAACCAAACCAUUCGUGAGCAGACUCUUAGGACUUGGUGAUUUGCAUGGGUUCAUGGACAAGAUUCAGGAUGUGAUUCCAGCAGACCAACAACCAGAACUUCUUCAGAAGCUGACAGAGGGACAGUUUACGCUUCGAAUUAUGUAUGAGCAAUUCCAAAACAUCCUGAAGAUGGGACCACUUAGCCAGGUAAUGUCUAUGAUCCCUGGGUUUAGCACAGAGCUGAUGCCCAAAGGACGCGAGAAGGAAAGCGUGGCCAAGAUCAAGAAGUUCAUGUGUAUGAUGGACAGCAUGACAGACGACGAGCUGGACACGAGCAAUGUGAAGACUUUGACAGACCCGAGCCGCAUCCUGAGAGUAGCGAGAGGGUCGGGGAGGAGCCUGAGGGAUGUGCAAGAAAUGCUGGAAGAGUACAAACGACUUGCGAAGAUAUGGAGCAAGAUGAAAGGGCUAAAAAUACCCAAGAAGGGGGACAUGAGCAGCCUUUCGCGCAACAUGAACUGUCAACAGAUGAGCCGCAUUCUCCCGCCUGAGAUGCUGAGGAAAAUGGGAGGCUUGGGAGGCAUUCAAAAUCUGAUGAAACAGAUGGGCAGCGGUGAUUUUCCCAACAUGUUUAAAGGCGGUGGAGAUUAGUUAAUGUACGUAUUGAGCACAGUCGUGUUUGUGAGAACGACCGGUUAUGACAGGAAAAUGUCAAGCCCAUAGAGAGGGAGGGAAGUGCCAGGGAUUGAGGGAGAGGGAUGCGCGACGGAUGGAGGGAACGACUCUGAGCAGGCGGCAGCCCAUGAGGAGGACAAGAUAAGUUUAGCCUGGGAGGCGUGCAGCGAGUCAAUGAAGUUUGUCUAUUGCAGACAUGGCCUGCAUACUGUGUGUCCUUCGCAUUGUCCUUCAAUAAGGUAAGGUGCUGUUGGCUUGUUAGGUAGGUAUGGGUGUGUGCUGCGGAGCCCUUCCAUAAGACGAAGCUGACAUAAGGUGAUUAGGGAGGUGAAACCUUCAGGUUGCCCUCACUCUGCCCCUGUUCUCUGCUGUAUCAAUUAUGAAGAAGAUCCAGUUUGAAGCGCUGCCACAUCGUCAUUCUUGGCUCUAUGUAAAUAGAACUUUGUCUUGGAAGUCUAACAUUCUUGUUGGACUCUUUGCGUGUACAAGG